UAAGCAGUUGUGUGAACUUGUUAAUAAGCAAAGCAACAGAAACAAUAAAAUUGCAACAAUUAAAAGCAGUCGACACAGAAGAGGGAGCGACGUGCAGUGUGUACCACAAUCACAAAGAGAUGCACAUUAUCCCUUAGGCAACAGCAGCUUGUCUUCCAAUCCUAUAUCCAUACACAUCAUGUGCUGCAGGUGCUGCGGUGAGACGCAGCGUAAGAGCUGGGUCUUUGGCAUUGGAUCCGUCUUUGCCAUCCUUGGCAUACUCCUCGUCGUCCUGUGGCCCAACUUGGCUGAUAAACUGGUUGAGAAUGGUCUGAAAUUGGAACCGGGCACCGACACCUACGACAGCUGGCUGGAAGCGCCAAUACCUAUUUACCUAAAAUUCUACAUGUUCAACUGGACGAAUCCGGAGGACAUACGCAAUCCGAACAUCAAGCCGCACUUUAACGAAAUGGGUCCAUACGUAUUCCUCGAGAAGCAUAAAAAGGAGAAUUAUACGUUCUACCCGAAUGCGACGGUGGCAUAUUAUGAACGUCGCACCUGGUUCUUCGACGAGGAGAGAUCGAACGGUUCUCUUACGGAUAUGAUCACGGCGGCACAUGUUAUCACUGCAACGGUGGCCGAUGAGAUGCGUCACCAGAGAAAGUUUGUUAAGAAAAUAAUCAAUUUCAUGUUAAAUACCGAGGGUGGCAAGUUGUAUACCACAAAAUCCGCCAUUGAAUGGAUAUUCCAUGGCUAUCAGGAUGAUUUGACCGACUUUCUCAAUCUCUUCAAUACGUCAAAGAUUGAUAUACCGUAUACUCGAUUUGGUUGGCUAGCGGAUCGCAACGGAUCGUUGGAAUAUGAUGGUCUUUUUACCAUUCACACUGGCACCGAUGACAUCUCCAAUUUGGGUAGAUUAACACAUUGGAAUGGCAAACCCGAAACGGGCUUUUAUGAAAUGCCCUGCGGUAUUGUUAAUGGCACCACCGGUGAUCUCUUUCCACCCAAAAUGAAUUCACAGGAUGAGGUUACCAUCUUUGCCACGGAUGCAUGUCGUUUUAUGAAUCUGCGACCCGAGGGCAAAUUAGAAAUGCAUGGCCUAACGGCCACCCGUUGGGUCGGCACCGAGGAGACUCUCGACGCUGGCGAAAACUAUCCAAAUCAAAAGUGCUUCUGCGAUCCACGCUUGGACGAGUGCCCCAAAACGGGUGUUGUCGAGUGCAAAACCUGUCGCGAUAAGGCGCCCAUUUACUCAUCCUUCCCCCAUUUCUACUUGGCCGACAAGUCGUAUCUGAAUGCGGUUGAUGGCCUCGAGCCCGACAAGGCACAGCAUGAGUUCGUCAUGGCUGUGGAGCCAGUGACUGGUGUGCCCGUUCAAGUGCAUGGACGCAUUCAGAUCAACAUGAUGAUUGAGCCCGAUGAUGAUUAUGACAUUUACCGUGGUGUGCCAAAGGUUUUGAUGCCCAUGUUUUGGUUCGAUCAGUACGCCGAGCUAAGUCCCGAGCUGGCCUCCAAGGCGAGGUUGGCCAUUAAUUUGGGCGACUAUGGCUUGUAUUUUGGUAUCGCCUGCAUCGUUUUUGGCAGCGCCUUCCUAGUCACUGGCAUCGUGUUAACGGUAACAAAACGCUGGGUGCGUCGCCAGGAUGAUGAGGAUAUGUUGACCGGCAAGGAACCGGAGCCGACGACUAUGGCGACAUAGUAGCAUAACUUAACCAUAACCAAAUGUGCCAGGACACAAGUUAACGUUGCUAGUUCAUUAUACAUUAUCGUUUAUUGUUGUUUAUUGAAACAGUUGCCAUUUUAAUUGUUGACUUGGCCAAUGAACCUGUGCUGCAUAUAUGUGUAAUAUGUAUUAUAUGUACAGCAUUUGUGAUAUAAACACUCUACUGUUAAGUGCAAUAUACAUGAGAGUUGUGUUUGUUUACCACCCCCCCCACCCCCUCCCCUCCCCACCCACUUUUAUGAUCCUCCAAAUGUUAUGUAUUUGCUUCAACAUUUUAACAUUCCAGAUUAAGAAGAAACUAACAAAAUAAUUGUAAUGCAAUUUAUAAAGGGUGUCUUCGUCUAAUUUAGUUACAAUAAUAACAAAAAUACGAAAUUA